CAUUAACCCGUAACAACAAAGUAAAGAGUCGUGAACUUUUAACGUCUCCUCUCUCUCUUUCUCUUUCUCUCUCUCUUUCCUUCUUUCUUUAUAUCUCCAUCUAGAAAAUGGUGGACUCGGUGGCACUCUUUUGCACCGCCGGUCUCUUAGCCGGCGCCCUCUACUGGUUCAUCUGCGUCUUAGGCCCAGCAGAACGAAAGGGAAAACGAGCAUCAGACCUCUCCGGAGGCUCAAUCUCCGCGGAGAAAGUCAGAGACAACUACGACCAAUACUGGUCAUUCUUCCGGCGACCAAAAGAGAUCGAAACCGCCGAGAAAGUUCCAGACUUCGUGGACACAUUCUACAACCUCGUCACAGACAUCUACGAGUGGGGAUGGGGACAAUCUUUCCACUUCUCACCACAUAUCCCCGGGAAAUCUGACAAAGACGCCACGAGAAUCCACGAAGAGAUGGCCGUCGAUCUCAUCAACGUGAAACCUGGACAAAAGAUCCUCGACGCUGGCUGUGGCGUCGGUGGGCCGAUGAGAGCCAUCGCGGCCCAUUCAAAGGCCCAAGUCACUGGGAUCACCAUCAACGAGUACCAAGUGCAACGAGCCAAUCUACACAACAAGAAAGCUGGGCUUGACUCUCUAUGCAACGUCGUCUGCGGCAACUUUCUAAAGAUGCCCUUCGAGGAAAACACGUUCGAAGGUGCUUACUCGAUCGAAGCCACGUGUCACGCUCCUAAACUCGAAGAAGUCUACUCAGAGAUCUUCAGAGUUAUGAAACCAGGAACUCUGUUCGUGUCCUACGAAUGGGUCACAACAGAGAAAUACAGAGACGAUGACGAAGAGCACAAGGAUGUGAUCCAAGGGAUCGAGAGAGGAGACGCGCUUCCCGGGCUAAGAAGCUACAAAGAUAUAGCAGCGACGGCGAUGAAAGUUGGGUUCGAGGUUGUGAAGGAGAAAGAUUUGGCUAAACCACCGUCAAAACCGUGGUGGAACCGGUUAAAGAUGGGAAGGCUUGCGUACUGGAGAAACCAUGUUGUGGUUGUGAUUCUUUCAGCUCUUGGUGUUGCUCCUAAAGGAACUGUUGAUGUUCAUGAUAUGUUGUUUAAGACUGCUGAUUACUUGACUAGAGGUGGUGAGACUGGAAUCUUCUCCCCGAUGCAUAUGAUUCUCUGUAGAAAACCAGAGAAAGCUUCUGAAUGAUUUGGUUUGAGAGAUUCUUCUUCUUGGUUCUAUUUUUCAAUUUCUUGUUUUGCCAUCUAAGAAUCUUUUUUUGUCAUUGUAUUAAUAUGCUUUGGUGUUCUUUUUUUCUUCUUCUUCUUUUCAAUUUGAUUUGUUUUGAUUGAUGAUGAAUCACUGGAAAUUUGGUAGUAUUUUAUUUCUUAUAUAUGAUAGGCUAUAUAUA